CCCAAGUUCGAAUUUCAGACUUACUCACGAAGCUCCAGGUUUCCCCGCUGUAGGUGUCUGUUCAAUCGCCGAUUCACUCUGCAUUCUCUAUUUUCCUCCGUUCAGGUUUGAUUCUCAUACACAAAUGAGGGGUAGGAGUUACAGCCCUUCACCUCCAAGGGGUUCACCGCCAAGGGGUUAUGGCAGACGUGGGAGGAGCCCUAGUCCAAGAGGACCUAGUCCAAGGGGCCGUGAUAGUGAUCUCCCUACAAGUCUCUUAGUUCGCAACCUUCGCCAUGAUUGCAGACAAGAAGAUCUUCGAAGGCCGUUUGGGCAGUUUGGUCCUCUUAAGGACAUAUACCUGCCAAGGAACUAUUACAGUGGGGAGGCACGAGGGUUUGGUUUUGUUCAGUUUGUAGAUCCUUUUGAUGCUGCUGAAGCUAAGAGCUAUAUGGAUGGUCAGACACUUCUUGGACGUCAACUGACUGUUCUGUUUGCUGAGGAAAACAGGAAGAAGCCUGGUGAGAUGAGGCAUAGGGAGCGUGGCAGUAGGGGUCGUGGCAAUGACAGAAGACGCUCUCCUCCUCGUCGUUAUUCCAGAUCUCCUCCCCGUCGUUAUUCCAGAUCUCCUCCCCGUCGAUAUUCCAGAUCUCCUCCCCGUCGUUAUUCAAGAUCUCCUCCUCCUCCAUCUCGCAAUAAUAACAGGUCUCGAUCCCGCAGUGCUGAUUAUUAUUCUCCUUCCCCAAGGAGGUCUGGUUCACCUCAGGAGAGAAGGUAUAAUAAGGAAGAAAGGUCGAUUUCAAGAAGCCCAAUCCUGCCCCAGAAGAAUGGUGAUACUGAUUCAAGAAGCCCAAUCCCGCCCCAGAAAAAUGGUGGUACUCGUUCAAGAAGCCGUAGUAGAAGUCCAUACAUCAGUAGGUCAAGGAGCCGCAGCGCAAGUCCGGUUAAUAAUCAUCAUGGUUCCCCAGCUAGGCCCAGAAGCCUCAGCCCAAAUCCUGAAGAGUGACCGAACCAAGAUUUCUAUUGUUUUAUUUUCUUUCUGGAAACUGCCCUUUUGCUUGACUAGAGAUUGUAUUUGUGCUUUAGAUAAAGUAAACUAGAAUGAAUUUGUCUUCUAAACUUGGAUGUUAUUAUUUUAAAUGUUUUUUUUGUGUUGAUUCA